CGCAACCAACACAAACACACAACCAACUCAACGAACCAACCAUAUCUCACACACGACAAGCACAGCACUAAGUCAAAGUCGCACACACGUCCACACGUACGCAAGUCGCACGACAAGAAGACGAGGCAAAGGCAAAGCAGCCAAGCGCCGACUUGAGAGCGUCGAUAGACACACACAUAGAAGAAGAAGAAAACAACAACAACAAGAGCAACAGCCGACCACGUCGUUCAUACCGGACUUUCUGUUUGGGAACCCCGUCGCCAUGGGAGCCGUGGAGAGCAGGCCGCCGCCGGGCUACGUCAUGCAGCGGUUCGAGGUGGGCCAGCGCGUCCAGUACAAGAGCGAGCACGGGUUCAACUUGCAGGGCCACAUUGUGAGCAAAGGCGUGGAUGGCCGCGGCAUCGAGGUGUAUGGCUUCCACCAAGAUCAGGGGACAGGCAAGCUGCGCCACGCAUACCCGUGGCAGCUCACGCCAAUGGGGCCACCGCCCACCUCCAUGGCGCCGCCGCCGCCACCGCCGGCAUCGUACAGCUACCCACAACAGCCAGCAGGACCGCCACCACCGCACGCCUACCCGCCCCAGGGCUAUCCACAACAUCCGCAGCAACAGCCGCCGCAGGGAGGCGCGUACUAUCCUCCACCACCACCGCAGCACCAGCAGCCGCCACAGCAACAGGGUGGCUACCCACAGAGCUAUCCGCCACAGGGCUACCCGCAAGGCUACCCGCCGCAGGGACCGCCACCUGCGUAUCCACAGCAACAGCAAGCGCCAUAUGGUGCACCACCACCACCACAAGCGCCCGGACAGGGGUACCCGCAGCAGCAGGGACAGGCGCCUCCAGCGUACAGCAGCUCCGCCCCUCCACCUGGGAAGAUGUGAAGAUGCAGAGAAGAAGGUGACGGGACGGGGGAAGGGUCUUGCACGAUGGGUG